GGAUCUUGUUGCCAACCAAUGAAUACACUUCCGCUUUUCACGCGCUCUCGGGCUGGCACAUUGAUAAGAGCAGCCAGGUUCGCCUCUGUUAGGCCUUGGCUGAAAUAACCGCGCCCCGGCCGGGCUUCUUCGAGCGGCUCAUGUCUGCUUUUACCCGACGCGAGGCGGAGCCGCCCUCUGGGCUAAUGGCAAAACAAGUGCGCCUAGUUACAUGUGGAAAAGGCAUGGCGUGGCUGUGGCUCCCGAAGCUCGUCUUCUCCUCGCCGCCUCCCGGGAUCUGGGGCAAGAAGAAGGGGCUGGGAACGAGCGCAGGAGAGCCGCGCCUGCGCACUACAGACCUCUGCCCCCUCCCCCUUCGAAGCCGCCACAAAGCGCGAGUGGAUGUUGCAUGAGGGCUUAGUGAAGCGUAAGCCGCCCAGGGAAGCCGGUUGCCAACGUCUGACUGGAGCCCGGAGGAGAGGGAGGGAAGGAGCAGCAGCAGUCGUCGACUCUUCCUUGACUUGACCCGCGCGCACGAGCAUCAGAACAACAACACAGCCCCUCUAGCGCUCCUCUUUCUGCAUCUCCCUCUUCACCCACCGCGCUCUUCCAUGCAGUUGCUCGCUAUCUGACUGCUGCUCUCCACAUUGGCUGCUCCUCCGUGCCCGUCUGUUUUGCAAAGGAGGAAGAAAGGCGGGAGCAACACGUUGUUCGAAGCGCGGACUCUCGGCGCUGCUCCCACCGAACUUGCCACGGGGAUUGGAAGCAACUUUGCGGCUAGUCGGGUUACUAAUUGGCGCUCUCCCUGUUUCUCUCUCUUUCCGAAGAGAACCCCUUGCUACUAGCGCAGCUCCCUGAACUGCGAUCCUUCCUGUCAGCCCGAGCGUUCUCUGCUGAUUUUUGCAAAGCUCUUCCAGCGCUUGGGUUGCAGGCAGCAACCUGUUUACGGCGAGGUGCUUGAAGAGGAGCGCGAUUCCGCCUUUCGCAAUUGAGGCAAGCAAAGCGAAUGGAGCGCUCUCCUAGCCUUUUCCCAGCGAUCGCUCUUUGCAAGCAGGCAACCGGCUAAUGGCAAUCUCCAGAGGAUGCAACGCAGGCAACCUCAAGGCAACCGUCGCUGGAAAAGGCGGAGCGCUGGCUGGGAUAGGCGGGUGGGUGUAUGUUCCAGCAGUGCCGCUUUCACUGGCUACAUUCAUCAUCGGAGACGUGGUUGAUGCAACUUUUCAUAGUCUGUCCCACUCCCGAGAGGCUGAAGUGGCCGCGGGAGAAAAAUCCCUCGCCUGGACAAGGAAGAGUCUUUUUUCCUUCUAUUUUAUUUUCUUCUCUGUGAGGUUUGGUUCCUCCUCUCUCUCGGUGAUCUUGGAUACAUCUGGCGAGGACAUGACUGGAACUUGAAGCCUGUCGAGGCGUGGGAUGGGGGAAACCAGAAGCAAAACUCAGUAUCAUUUAUUGAUGACUACUCUCCGGAUUACUUCUCAUCUUUGUACUUGGUGUGGCUUAGCUUAUUGGUGAAAUGUGCCUAAGUGGCAACCUCACCAGCGUGGGCAGCUGCUGUUUCUAAAGGAGCCUUGGAGGGCACCCAGGUUUCUUCCUGACCAUGCAUCCUCUCAAGCCACACUUUGGCUUGGCUUGGCUUCUGGCCACUCUGUCUUCCUUUGCCCAAGUGGCUUUGCCCCAGGCACCACUGGAAGGAGAUGGGCUUGAGUGGCCAUUGGACGUUGGAAGAAAGAGCAAGGAGUGUGGAUCGUGGUGCCGGGUGGCUUCUCUACUGCCCCAGCAAGUAGCACCCAGACAAGAAGUUGUCUGGCCUAUGGGGGGAAUCCCGUUAGGAAUUGUUGCCCGGACUUCCUUGAAGAAAGAGCAUUUAGGUAGAUACAAAGCUGCAGCUAGAACCCUGCAGGACUGGGUCCCACUGGAGGAUUACAUUGGUGCCAGGGACUGGACUGAGGCUCAGAUUACUCCCCAUGGAGCUCAGGCUCUGAAACCAGGACAUCAGACUGAGGGCCCUUUGGAAGAACAUGUCGAAAGCAAAUUGAAUGAAGAUCAUUCCGUAGCCUUCGGGACUGGGAAAUACUUGGAUCUCCAUAAGGUUGAAGUACAGGAGAACGGGCUCAGGAGAGGCAGAGUAGGAAUUAGCCUCAGGAGGCAUACAAGAAGCAAGCGGGGAGUUGGUGAACCCCAGGUCAAAGGGAGAGCAGGAAAACUAAUGGCUUCCAAGAACAGCCAUCUUCUCAGAAGUUUCAAUAACUCAGUGAACAGUCAAACAACUCCUGCUAAUGUGAUAGAGAAGGAUAUUCCCCAGUCCCUGCCCUUGAAUGGAUCUGCUGUUCAUGUGGGUGAAAGGGAUGCUGGCACCCACAGGAAUGGUACAUUCCGGCCAGCCCGGGUCAAGAACCCUUUUUACCCACUGACUGAAGAGUCUUAUGGUGCCUAUGCGGUCAUGUGCCUGUCAAUAGUGAUCUUUGGCAUUGGGAUCAUGGGUAAUAUGGCAGUGAUGUGUAUAGUGUGCCACAACUACUAUAUGAGGAGCAUCUCCAACUCCCUACUGGCCAACCUAGCCUUUUGGGAUUUUCUCAUCAUUUUUUUCUGCUUGCCUCUGGUGAUUUUCCAAGAACUCACUAAAAAGUGGCUGCUAGAUGAUUUCUCCUGCAAAAUUGUACCAUACAUUGAGGUAGCAUCUCUUGGAGUAACUACCUUUACAUUAUGUGCCCUCUGUAUAGACCGCUUCCGUGCUGCCACUAAUGUGCAGAUGUAUUAUGAAAUGAUUGAAAACUGCACAUCCACUACUGCCAAACUGGCUGUUAUAUGGGUUGGGGCUCUCCUGUUGGCACUUCCCGAGGUGGUUCUGCGCCAGUUAACUAAAGAAGACUCUGAAAUCACCGGAAGUCCUCCCGUGGAACGGUGUGUUGUAAAAAUCUCUCCUCACUUACCUGACACCAUCUACGUGUUGGCACUCACAUACGAUGGUGCAAGACUCUGGUGGUACUUUGGCUGUUACUUUUGCUUGCCGACGCUUUUUACAAUUACGUGCUCAUUGGUGACUGCAAGGAAAAUCCGAAAGGUGGAAAAGGCUUGUACCAGAGGAAACAAGCGGCAAAUUCAACUGGAAAGUCAGAUGAACUGCACAGUGGUGGCUUUGACCAUUUUGUAUGGUUUCUGCAUCAUUCCUGAAAAUAUCUGCAAUAUUGUCACUGCAUACAUGUCCACAGGGGUGUCACGGCAGACUAUGGACCUCCUGCACCUCAUUAGUCAGUUCCUGUUGUUCUUUAAAUCCUGUGUAACUCCAGUACUCCUUUUCUGUCUUUGCAAGCCGUUCAGUCGGGCCUUUAUGGAAUGCUGUUGCUGUUGCUGUGAUGAAUGCAUUCAGAAGUCUUCAACAGUGACAAGCGAUGAUAAUGACAAUGAGUAUACUACAGAGCUUGAACUUUCUCCUUUCAGUACUAUACGUCGUGAAAUGUCUACAUUUGCUUCUGUUGGAACUCAUUGUUAAUUCACCCUUUGGUCGGCGUUCAGACCCAACUUACAAAAUCAGUUUUUCUGUUGACUUUGGAAGGAGACUUGGGUUUUACUACUUGAUCGUAUUUCAUUUUUAAAAAUCUUGGGGUGUUUUUUUUGCGGGGGGAGGAGUAAAUAAAGUCCAUAAGACAUACUGUAAGCUGGUUUGCAUAUUAACAUAUUUGCUUUGAAAAAUAAUUCUGUUAGUCAUUAAAAAAAGAACUACCAACAUGAAGUUUUAAAUCAUUGCAUUUGGUAUGGUGCUAGUAUUUUUAUGUAUUAAGGGAAGGGAAAAACAAUCCCCUUUGUAUUAUUUAAUUUACUGCUAGUUUUAUUUUAAAUAAUUAUUGCAAAUUGCAUACAUGCAUAAUCCAGCCUACAUUAAGCACUUCUAUAGUUUGUUUUGUACAGCACUUAGUUUUUUGGAUGUUCAACAGAUAUUAAUAAGUUCCAUUGGUUUCAGUGGGAGAAACGAAGCACAUGCUUAAUUCUUCCAUUAAAAUCCAGAGAGUGAGGGAGGUUAAAAGUGCUUAACUUUAGCUGGAUUGUGCUCCUUGUAUCCCCCCCCCCCGCCCCUGGUUUUAUGCAAAAGAUGUGGUUUGAAUAUCUGACAGUAGUUUUAAGCCCAUUUUAUGUAAAUUAAUGUGAGAUUAUUUGCAUUUUGAAAAUUAACAGAUUAGCAUAACAUAAAUGUUUAUCUUUGACUGAAUUGUCAACCAGCAUUUAAGAGUCACACCAAAUUAGCUGCAAUGCUAUAUGCACUUACCUGGGAGUAAGGCCCAUUGAACUCAGCGGGACUUACUUUUGAGUAGGCAUGAAUAGGAUUGUGCUGUAUAUUUAUAUAAAAAUUCCGAUUAUAAGGAAAGCAAUUGUUUUCUUUAUAUUAAUUUGUAUAUAUUACAAUUAUAUACAGAUUUACAAAUGAACUAAUCUUGAGUAUGCCUUUCACAUCAUACCCUUGAUUGUCUUCACAAUGCCCCAUUACAGGACUGGAUGCAAAGGUGCCAUGUAUUCAGGUUCUGCAACAUAUGUGCUUAAAACUGUGCUGGGUCUUCUCCCCCAUCCUGCCUAUAUGAUGGACAGGAACAAUUUGAGUAGUAUGAAUAUGACGAUUUAUAUACCGCUUUUCAACAAAAGUUUUCAAAGCGGUUUACAGAGUUAUAAAUAAAUAAAAUGGCUCCCUGUCUCCAAAGGGCUCACAAUCUAAAAAAGAAACAUGAUAGACACCAGCAACAGCCACGGGAAGGAUGUUGUGCUGGGGAUGGAUAGGGCCUGUUCUUAUGUUGCUCUCCCCCUGCUCAGUAAGGAGAAUCACCACUUUAAAAAGGUGCUUCUUUGAUCAGUUAGCAAGAGAGUUAGUACAGGCUACCUAGUCAUGCGGCUGGCUUCUCUUGUAUCAACACUUGCCCUUUGGGGGACCUUCUAGUUGUGUGCUGUUACACUGAAUGGAAAGCUGGGGCAUAUUUGCACAACAGCUGCCCACUCUUCAAUGUCUAAAGGAAAUACUUAUGUGGCUAAAAUGGAUCCCAUGAUGUUUUGGUGUACAAUGUACAGUCAGAAGGUUUGGUAUUUCUAUGAUGGAUACUCUUUAACAUGUAGAUGUAUGCUGAGUUAUUGUGUUCUAUUUUAUCCAUGGGAUUCAACUCACACCUGGGAGUAUUACCUGUGACGCUAUUUGUUUCUUUAUACUAUGUUUUCUACCCUAAGGGUAUGCCCUUGGUCUGCGUGUGUAGCUCCUGCGUAAGUGACAGUACCACUGUGGGGGUGGGGGGGAAGGUGUGGUAAGAUUUUGCCACAGAAUUAGUGACAAUAAAAUUUGAAGGCUUAA